GUCCUUCCCCCUUCCCUUUCCAAACGCCCCCCCCCCUCCCCAGAUUUAUUCAUCGCCAAUAAUAGUCAGCAUCUGAACCACCACCGAGUGACGGACAUAUUCGUACCGUAUAGCGUUAGCUUCCACUUCCAGGAAAGCUAUCUCCGACGUCGUCUGCUUACCUCAUCGCCUCCCACUCCUCCGUUUCCCUUGUCAUUCUCUACAUCCUCUCUCCCUUCUUAAGAUACCAGUACUUCUAUACAGGCCGAGCUCUUCGACGGCCCCCUUGCCCAACUUGAAUUGGCGAUCCUUUGUUUUGUUUUGGCGCGUCUUCGUUGUUUUCGAAGUCUAUACUCGCGAUGCAGCCCACACUAGCCCCAGCGCCGCAUCCAAGCAUGCAAACCUCUGCUCAGGACCAUGCAGACCAGGUAUUGCAUGACCAGCUGCUAGCUGCUCAUCAACAUAUGUCUCAUCCACAGCAACCGCGACCGCAACCGCCGACGGCACAGCCCGCGCACAUGCAACCCAACAACACGAGUCCUCGCGAUCAGAAUAACAUUGACCCUGCUAUCUCGGGCGCCACAAUGCUGAGUGGCCCCCCGCAAACACCCCCUCAACCGGAACCGACGAGCCAAGAAUCCCCCAAGACUUAUGGCAAGCGACCGUUGUCGACUUCGAAGCGUGCUGCCCAGAACCGUGCAGCUCAAAGAGCCUUCCGCCAACGAAAAGAGAGUUACAUCCGCAAAUUGGAAGAACAAGUGAAAGAAUAUGAUGGCAUGUCAGAGACACUGAAGGCCCUCCAGGCGGAGAAUUACCAACUGCGAGAAUACAUCAUCAACCUGCAGUCUCGGCUGUUGGAUUCACAGGGCGAAGUCCCUGAGCUGCCUAGUAACAUUGAUCUGAGCCAGCCGCGUACAGAAUUGUCUCUUUCGGGACCCGGUCCAGCAUCUGCAGGGGCACCGGCCCAGGCUCCUCCAGGGCCUCCCCAGCAGCCCCAAGCGCCCAACCAAGCAUCUGCCCCCAACGACGAUAUGAACUCGUUGAACCGCAUCGCUGUUGCUGGCUUGGGUAUGCGCAAACACCCGAACGAAGAAGCUAAUUUCCUAGGGACCAGCUUUCAAGCUCGCCGCCCACGCGCUGACGAAGGUCAACCGGACGUUUCCGACGCUCCGAAGACGGAAGUCAGUCACGGUCUGCCGGUUGUUUCAUGAGACAUCGAACUAUGCUGCUUCAUUGAUAUUCUACUACCGUUGUCACUUCCUUUUUGCAUCCGUUGAUCUCUGAGUUUCCCCAUUCCGACUGCUCUGGUCUGCAAUUGUUCCUCCACCCCUCUUUGUAUCCUCCCCGGUGUAAGGCGCGAUGUAUCUAGGUAUUAUCUCUGGUCCAGGAAGGAGCGGUGUUUUUGCGUUUGUUCAGAUUCUCUUUCUACUUCUUCAAUGCUUGAAACCUAGAAGGGAGGAAAAUGAUAACCAUGCUAGCAUG